AACCAAACACCACAACAAGUUGUUAAUACUAUUAUCUCAUUAUUUCUUUUCUUUUUCAAAAUUCUCACUCCUCUAAAAAAAAAAUAAUAAUAAUAAAAAUAAAUAAAUAAAUAAAAAUGUAUAACAAAAAAAAGAAAAAGAAAGGAGGAGGAGAAAAGCUGCAAGGAUUUUCCCUCCUUCCAAGUUUUCCUUUUCCUUUCCGGGAAACCUUUUUUCCAUCCCUACCCUCUAAAACCCUCCCUGUCGCUACUGAAAGUCAGCUUCACAGUUCACAGCACUCCCAAACUUAGAAGUUCCCAUGAAUCCUCCUCCUCACCCUACUCCAUUUCCCCAUCCAUCACACUUCACCUUCCUCCCUCCGAACCCUAACCCUAACCCUAACCCCAAUCCUAACCCUAACCCCAAUCCUAACCCUUACCCCAAUCCUAACCCUAAUUUGUUCCAUCCUCACCACCAAACCCCACCACCACCACCUCCACCUCCACCUGAUCUCCCGUCCACUCUCUCCACCCUCAAAAACCUCAUCCAACUCUCCGAAACCACCAUCACAUCCAUCUCCACUCUCCUCCACACACCCUCCGCCACUUCCUCCUCCGCCCUCUCUCCCUGCCCUUUCAAUCCCCACCACCGCGUGCCGCCAGAGUCCCUCUUCCGCCACUCCCUCAAAUGCCCUUCUUCAUCAGCCGCUCUUGACCUCUCACUCCUCGAUUCACUGAACUACCCCAAUACUCUCCAAUCCUCCCAAGAAUUGGUCAGCCAGAAUCGUUUUGUACGAACUCUUCACGAUUCCGAUGCCGAACUCUGCUUUUCUAUCGAUGAUUACUGUGAUUUUGGCUCGAAUUUCUUCUACCAGGAUUGCCCAGGUGUUGUUACUGUAACUGAUCAUGAUGGUACAAAGCCAACAUUUACGUUGCCAGGUACUCUAUCAGCUGAGUGUGCAAAUUUUGUAGGCGGUGGUGAUGUUGAAAUUAAGGGUUUUUCUAGAGAGUGUGUAAAGCUUCUUCCAUCGGAGUUAUGGUUGGUUAGGUAUGAAAUUGAGGCAUGGAAUGAUUAUCCUGUAUCUUAUUCGUACAGUGUUCUUCGAGCCAUUUUGUGCUUGUGUACAAUGAAAGAGAGUGAUAUUUUGAGAUGGGUUAUUGUGAAUUCGUCUAAUUAUGGUAUUGUGAUUGAUGCACCGAUGAGGGAUCACAUAGUUUUGCUUUUCAGGCUCUGUUUGAAAGCAAUUCUGAGGGAAGCUGUUGGUUCUGUGGAUUUGGUAUUUAACAGAGAGACUGGGUUGAAUUUGGCCACAAUGUGGUUUGAGUGUUCCAAGUUGGUUGACGUAUUGAAGUGGUUUUCAUUUCAGCUUUCUGUACUGUAUGGUGGAGUAAAUGGGAAGUUCUUUGCAAUUAACAUGCUUAAGCAGUGCAUUCUAAAUGCUUCGAUGAAUUCUUUAUUGUUUCCCAUUUCGCAAAAGGCCACUGAAUCACCUGCUUCCAAAGGGGCAGAUGGUAAUAUUGAGGAGCCACUUGAAAGAAGUAUCGAGAAUGAAAGAAAUGGUAUGGACGGUGAAAAGAUUAAUAGCAUGGUGAUUUUUGUUUCCCAAGUAGCAGCUGCAGUUGCUGCGCUGCACGAAAGGUCCUUGUUUGAAGGAAAAAUUAAGGCAUUCCGGGUUGCUCAAUCAGUUCAUAAAUUCCAGCGAGUUGCUGAUCACGCAUGUGUCUCAAGAAGAGCUGAUGAGGAGCGGCAAAAACGUUCCAACUAUAAACCUGUAAUUGAACACGAUGGGCUUUUUUGGCAGCAUUCCCGUAACCAGGAUACAGAUAGAACGAAAACGAAAGAGGAGUUAUUGGCUGAAGAUAGGGAUUACAAACGUCGAAGAAUGUCGUAUCGUGGUAAGAAGUUAAAGCGAACAAUAACGCAGAAGUUAAGAGAUAUAAUAGAGGAUUACACGGAGGUAAUCAAGCAAGCGGGAGGGAUUGGUUGCUUGGUAAAGGGAACUGAAGAUGCAGGAACAUCUAAGCCUUUUUCUGCUCUUGACGUUUCUACAGAUGGUGAGCAAAAGAAAACUAUGUCCAACUCGAAUGAAGUAAGCAGAGAACAGCCGCAUGGUUACAGGGAACAGUCACAUGGUGAGCAAAAGAAAACUAUGUCCAACACAAAUGAAGUAAGCGGAGAACAGCUGCAUGGUUACAGGGAACAGUCACAUAAUCAAGAUAAUGUCAGAUUUACAAGAUCAUAUGAUGAGUCUCCUGACGAUCACAAGCGUUAUAGACGAGAUUCUCAUCAACACAAUAAGCAUCUAGAAUAUCAAAGAAGUGUCAGCAGGGACAGGCGUGAUAGAGAGUAUACCAGAAGCCCAGACGGAUACAGAAGUAAUGGCAGAUCAGAUGAUUAUAUUAAUAAUCGAGGUCAGCGAAAUGAUGUGGAAGUAUCCAGGAAGUAUUUUCCACGAAGCACAGAUAGAAGUCACAGCCGGUCACAUGAGCGGACUAGUCUUCGAAGGGAGCAAAUUGAUCAUAAUUUAGAAGCGAAGGAUAGACGCCAAAGGAACAAGUAUAGGGAUCACAAAUCAGACUACGUUAUCCGCCAUGAGUUUGAGGACCGAUACGAUCCUUCUGAAUCUCGUGAUAGUUAUAAGGAUGAUGUCUCCUCUGGCAGCAAAUAUGUCAGACCAGAUUAGUGACAGAUAUACAGUCAAAAGUGAUGUCAGUUAUUCCAUUGAUAGCAUGGUGGCUUCUGCUGUACAGAAAUUCUAAAUGUUUCUUUCAUCAUACGGGGAAGUCGUUCAUGCUUCAGCAGUUUAUCCACAUCUGUAUCCUCCUUUGUAUCCUGAACAUUUUGCUUGAUGUACUUCUGCUUGUCAUUUUUAUGGCGGACCUUUGCUUUUCCUCACGUUUGGCUAGAAACAUGUUAGAAUGAAUGUAUUAUUGGUCUGAAAUUGGUCAUUUUCACUCGGUUUAGUUAAUAAUUCUAAGACUGGGAACCUAUUCUUAGGUAGGUUGGACACAAAAGUUGACCCAAUAGUUAGCUGAAUGUGGGCCUAUUUAUUAAUGAUUAAAUGCAUUUUCUUCUGGUAAUAUUGAUAAACUGGAGAAGCAUUUUAGUUGGUUUAUUACGGUUUUAGAAAUUUUAAAGGGAAAGAAUUGCAUUAUCCUGAAUAUAGGAUUUAUCUAGCACCAAAACAAGGAGGUACAGCCAUGUACCGAGAAUGUAUACAAAAUCUGUGCAUAAGAAAUUCCCAUACCAAUUCUUACCCAAAAAAAAAAAAUCAAUAAUUGCAGUCCCUAUGAUUCCCAAAAAAAUAAAAAUAAAUAAAAAUAAUGAUGAUGAUGAUAAUAAUUAAAAAAUGGAGGGAAAUCAACAUAUGAUGAUUGACUGCUCAAAUCGGGCCUCCAUCCCUCAAGCGACCUCCUAUUUCUCUCCGUGAUUACUGCACUGUUGGCAAAAUGUGUCUGCCUGCCAAGCUGAUCUAACUCUCCUGCCUACCCUGCAUCCUAUCCAUAAGCUAGACUAGAUAUAAGCUAUAAACUUAUCUCUAACCAUCAAUCUCUUAUUCUCUGCAUCCUCUUCUUGGAUAUUAGCUUCACUUGAAGCCUCCACUAGCAUCUCCAGUGGCUCUGAACGACAAUGAAUUCUGCAGUAGCAAGGGAAGAUCAUAAGUGAUCACUUUCUUUCUCUUGUUUUCAAAAUACCAGCUCACCCCACCCUAAAAAACAAUGGAACCAUUGUUGAAUUUGCUUCACCCCACCUUCUCUGGCCUGCCAACGAAACCUUGGUAGCCUCAGCAUGAGUGUAAAUGGCAGUAACAAAGUUACAUAAUGGUAACAAAAUAUUUUGUUCUAAAUGUUUGGUCUAGUUUCUGACAUGGUUAGUCUUACUGUUUUCGGUUCACUAUUUUACAUUUCAGGUUAGUCUUACUGUUUUUCGGUUCACUAUUUUACAUUUCUAGGUUGUAUUCAUUUUAGUGAUCAUAUUUCUCAUUGAAGGCCGUUAUGGGUUUCUAUUUUGUGAAUGGGGUAUCGGGCAACAAUUACUAUGUAUGAUCGCACACUCACACAGUAUAUAUGGACCACUUGUAUGUUGUAUAUGACGAUUUUUAAUUGACAUAUUAAUUUCUGUGAUAUUUGUUAUAUUUGUCCCAGAUAAUUAAGAGUUCCAGCACAUCCAGCCCCUCCAGCCCCAUACCAGAAUGUUACUGCUGAGGAGGACAGGAGUUAUAAUGAAAUGAGAAGGGUAGUUAGGAGACCUAGAAUACUUGUAAUUGAGACUCCCUCUUUUGUAUAUUGGCUAUAUGUAUAGGAUUAUGUUGGCUUAUAAUCUUAUUGGCAACAGAACAUCAGAUUGAAUGUGCUUAUUCAAAUGCUUGAUCCUUUGUCCUGGACAAGAA